AGGAAGUAAAUGACCGCUGCUGUCAAAGAGAGACGCUAAUGCGGUGGCUGGUCAGGAGAUCAAAGGCCACUGCGUACUGGAUUAUCUUCAACUCGGAGUGCACAUAGGAGCUUGUUUGCUAAAUGAAGGAAUGCGUUUAUUACUGCUAUUUUAUUUUGAAAGGAUUAAUAUAUUUGGUCCGUCCGGCUUGAAUGCUAGGUAGCUAACGCCGGGCGCUAGCGUAUUGAAACACUCAACGUAGCUUCGCUUAGGCACGCUGGUACAUUUCCGUCACAUUUAUUUGUGAGGAAGACUCCAGUCGUGGACGAAGACCGAGGAAAUCGCAGGAAUGAGUCAGGUUACCACAAGGCGUCGACCUUCAUAGCCGUGUUUUACAGCAGUUCUGUGUUGCGAUGAGACGCUGCAGCGUCCGGCUGUGAGGGCUCAGAGGCAUGAACUCCGUUUCCCCCAGCGCGGUGCAGUACGUAGGGGGGGUGAUGCAGGACGAGCUGGUGGAGACCCGGCGGCAGCAGCAGCAGCAGCCCCUGGAGCGGCAGGGCAGCUUCGGUCCCCGGCCAGCACAGGCUCCAGAUCCCGGCAGAGAGGCCACCGGAGAGCCCGACGAGAUGGACAAACUGAAAGCCAAACUGAUGACGGCGUGGAACAACGUCAAAUAUGGUUGGACUGUUAAGUCUAAAACAUCCUUCAACAAGAUAUCGCCAGUCACUGUCCUAGGACACUCCUACCUGCUCAACAAUGAAGACGAGGUGGAGCGCUUUCGUUUGGCUUUUGUGUCCAGGAUCUGGUUGACCUACAGGAGAGAGUUCCCUCAGCUGGAGGGCUCCACCUGGACCACAGACUGUGGCUGGGGCUGUAUGCUGCGCAGUGGACAGAUGCUGCUGGCUCAAGGGCUCCUGGUCCAUCUGAUGCCCAGAGAUUGGGCUUGGCCAGAUGUUCAGCAGCUAACCGAAGUGGACUUUGAGGUGUUCAGACCACGUUCCCCAGCCCGGGCUGGAGGAGUCCCCAUCCCCUCCUUUGGCUCUCCACGAGGGUCCAACACCCCAGAAAAGUCGCUGACUAGUUAUCAGGCACCAAAAUGCAGCCAGAGGAAGAGACCGGAGUCCGUGCGUGACAGGCAGGCGGAGCCCAUCCACCACAAACUGCUCACCUGGUUUGGGGAUCUGCCGCCAGCACCUUUUGGGCUUCACCAGCUGGUAGAAAUUGGCAAAGGUUCAGGGAAGAAAGCUGGUGACUGGUACGGCCCCUCUAUAGUGGCACAUAUUCUAAGGAAAGCGGUAGCCAAAACCUCUGUGCUUCACAACCUGGCUGUAUAUGUGGCUCAGGAUUGUACAGUGUACAAAGAGGACGUGGUGCAUCUAUGUGACCUGUCACUAGGCCAGACUCCCUCUGACCCGUUCAGCCAAGCCUGGAAGUCCAUCAUCAUACUGGUGCCCGUGCGGCUGGGAGGGGAGGCCCUCAACCCGUCCUACAUCGAAUGUGUCAAGAACAUCCUGAAGCUGGAUUGUUGCAUUGGAAUCAUUGGGGGCAAACCGAAGCACUCCCUUUACUUCGUUGGCUUCCAAGAUGAGCAGCUGCUGUAUCUGGACCCGCACUACUGCCAGCCUGUGGUGGAUGUUUCUCAGGUCAACUUCUCACUAGAGUCCUUUCACUGUAGCUCUCCCAAGAAGAUGCCCUUCACCCGCAUGGAUCCCAGCUGCACCAUCGGCUUUUAUGCCAAAAACAAGAAGGACUUUGAGUCACUUUGUUCUGCUGUUAGUGUGGCCCUGUCGUCCUCAAAAGAGAAGUACCCCAUCUUUACCUUCGUAGAGGGCCAGGGUCAGGAUUACGGACUUGAAGGUCACAGCAGCAACCACGUGGGCCCUGCAGCCCACAUUCUGCCCCCCGGUAACCUGAGCAUGGAUAACAACCGAAGAAGCAGUGACGAGUUUGUCUUCCUGUGAGGCGCCUCGGAGGGUGAUCUACUAGCGCUCCCCAGUAGGGGGCAGAAGAGGACACCCCAUUUCCUUUCAAAGGGAAUUACUUGAUUCUGUUGCUGGCUGCGAAGGUGGACAUGACACUUUAGUGCUUUAUCGCCUUCGCUGUCCAACAGAAAAAUAAAAAAAACUUUCUUCUGUUACUACCCGUUUAGCGUGGAUGGGUAUUAUAAGCUAACUUCAUGGGUAGUGACUGGAGCAUAUUUUUACUUUUCAAUUUGGUUGAUUGUCGAGAAUGUUCCAUCUACUUGAAGUAUUUUUGAUCCCCAAAAUAGUUUUGAUUGGUUGGAUUUGAGCUCACGGGUCCGUUAUGAGGGUGAGUGGUGCCUAAUAAUGUUAUCGACUUGUAUGAUACACCACCUGUUGAGCGUGUUUAUAAUCUUCAAUUUAUUUAUCGGGUUUAUGAUGUCUUUGCAUGUGUGAGUGUUUUGGUGAAUUUAGCUCCUCUUGCUAGUCUUGAAUAAGUGUACUGACAUAUUGGAGAGUCUCUUGCUCAGAGGUUUCAUAAUUCUUCCAAGAGCAUCUUGAGCAGAUGUAAAUUCAUUCUAGUGUUACUGUCGGGCCUGGUUAUUACAAAAAUGACCCGGGCCUUGUUCCCCUCCAUGCUUUGGCGCUCCAUUAUUGAAAAGGUAACAAUUCCAGGAAUCUGCUCUGAAGACUUACCCGAGCUCCACGGUCGGGGUGAGAGAAAUCCUUCCUGCAGCUGGAGAUGUGUGUCUUCCCCUUGUACCAUGAAACUGGAUUUUUAAGUGCGCUGGAUAUAGCUGCAAAGACCUUUUUCCACUUGAGUUCAGGUUCUGGGUUUCACUACUACAACGUUCUGCAGUGAACAAGACCAGCUCAAGCUGAGUGGUGCGUUUGUUGCGUUGUCAUUUGUGUUUGGUUUGUCCCUUUUCUACGUGAAAGCUGCUACUGCAAGUUGCUCUACUACUGUUCUUUAAUUUGUUGUCCUGAUUAAACUUCAAGCACUGAAAUCACCUUUUACUUGCGUUGCAUACUCUAGAUUAGCAGGUUUUAAAGAGACUCACUGUUUGGUCCCCACAUGACUGCUGCAGAAGAAGCACUGACUGUUAACGCUGAAACAAUAUCCAAUGUUUUGUCUUCAGAAUGUUACUCCUUCAGUGUCGUUGUAGGUCGCAAAGCACAGGAAACUGGUCGUCCACCAUUCAACCUGUGAAGCUAACCUGUCAUGUGAUAUUGUUCAUUUAUUUUGUUCACUUUGAUUUCAACUGGGGAUGUUGGAGCUCUAAAACAUAAAGUGAAUACACGGGUGAAAUAUGAACCCGUCUUUGUCCGUGACAACCAUCUGACACAUGUGUAGUUAUUUUUUACUGUUUUAGUCCAAAAGGUAAAUUAAGCUAUUUUUUUUUCUUCAGAAUACAAUCAGUUGAUUAGUGUGCAAUGAUGUAUGCAUUCAAUAAUAAAAUUACCAACCAACAUAAAAUAAAAGCUUGUAAACAGGUUAUGGAAACUAUUUUAAGGGGCAUAGUAACACAUGCACCUUACAUUAUUUAUGUUUUGAAGAGUCCAUUGUCCACUAAAUUACCCCUGCAUGUUGUCUUUGCAAUGCAUCAACGGGGGAGUGGGUUAUGUCAGCUAGCUGCCACUCAUUGCUGGGUAGUAAAUGUAUUUUUAUUUUGGUUCUGUGAAAAUCCUCCUGUAUAGAACAAAAUAAAAACAUGUAUUUUGGCAUAGUCA